AUGCCUCUCGGUCGACAUAAAGUGCCUUUCAGUGGCAAAGCCAAAAAACAACAGCUUAAAGAGAAAAAACAAAGGCAACAACAUACAAAUUUGUUAGCAGGCAACAAAAAUUUCAAGACUUUGUUGCUUGGAGAAAAUAGUAAUGAUGGUGAAGAUGAUAAUGUGCAGUCUCUCAAUAAGCAACCUACAUUGAGAAGAGGAAGGAGUAACCCUAACAGAUAUAAUUUACAAUUCCAUCGUGAAAGUAAAGAAGAGCAACAGCGAAGCAAAGAAGAAGCAAGAAAUACAUUGCAACCUGUUUCAGAAGAAAGCCUUGAGAUUGACAUAGAUUCAUUUUUUCCUAAAGAACUUAAUUUUCCUGUCCGUCCUCCAUGGGAUUUUAGUAUGUCAAAAGAAGAACUUGAUGCAAGAGAAAACAAAUAUUUUACGGACUAUAUAAAAAGUAUUGAAAAAAAGUUUGACUGGUCAGAACUGAGUUAUUUUGAAUUGAAUCUUGAAACAUGGCGCCAACUGUGGAGAGUCCUAGAAAUGGCAGAUAUUGUUCUUUUUAUUACUGAUAUUAGAUUUCCUGCAUUAAUGUUCCCACCUUCAAUAUAUACUUAUGUUGUGAAAAUUCUUCAUAAACAUCUAAUAGUUGUUUUAAAUAAAAUUGACCUAGCCCCUGCUCCAUUAGUGGUUGCUUGGAAGCAUUACUUGAAAAAAAAAUAUCCUGGGCUCCAUAUUAUUAUGUUCACUUCAUUUCCAUACUACAAUCUGAGAGAUACAUCUGAAAAAAAGGGAUUACAAGUUAAGAGGCGAAAAGGGAAAAUGAGAAUGGCAGCAGAAGGUGCUCAAACUCUGUUUGAUGCCUGUAAGGAUAUCGUCAAAGAACAAGUUGAUUUAAGCUCUUGGCAGGAAAAAAUUUCUGAAGAAAUGACUGUUGAAAAUGAAAUUGGUGAAGACGAAGUAGAAAUUGGUGAAACUGUUAAUUUAAAAUAUCAAGAUACCAGCUACAGAAUUCAUAAAAUGUAUGAAGCAGGAGUUUUAACAAUUGGUUGCAUUGGUCAGCCAAAUGUUGGAAAGUCUUCUCUUAUGAAUGCACUGAUGGGAAAAAAAGUUGUUAGUGUUUCUCGAACUCCUGGACACACAAAACACUUUCAAACUAUCUUUUUAACUGACACUGUGAGGCUGUGUGAUUGUCCAGGAUUGGUAUUUCCUUCAAAAGUCCCUAAGUCCUUGCAGGUCUUGAUGGGAAGUUUUCCAAUUGCUCAGCUGAGUAAUCCAUAUACUUGUAUUAGAUUCCUGUCUGAACGAGUUGAUUUAGUGUCUCUUCUCAAGUUACAACAUCCAGAAAAAGAUGACCAGUGGUCUGCCAUGGACGUUUGCGAUGGUUGGGCAUUGAAGAGAGGAUUUUACACUGCUAGAGCUGCUCGGCUGGAUACCUACAGAGCUGCUAAUCAUCUUCUGAGAUUGGCAUUGGAUGGCAAAAUUCCAUUUUGUAUGAGGCCUCCUGAUUACACUAAGACUGAAGACCAAUGGAAAAGCCAUCAUGAUGUUCAUACGGUGGAAUGGAUUCAGGCAGCUACUAAGGUUCAUCAACAGGAAUUUGUUUUGUCUGAAGAGGAGGAUUCUGAUGAAGAAGCUAAGGGAAGCGUGACUGGAAGUACUAAAACUGGUGUUUCUCAUGAAGGAGAGGAUGAGGAAGAAGAAGAAGAUGACAGCGAUGAUGAUGAUGAUGCUGAUGCUUUACAAAGCACUAAUAAAUUUCAGGCAUUAAAUCUUGCAGAUUAA